GCGGGCGUGAGCGGCGGGAGCCCGGGCCGGCGAGCAUGCGGGGGGACCGGGCGGCCGUGCGGCCGGCGCUGGCUCUGCUGCUGUGGCCGCUGCUGCUGUGGCCGCGCGCGGCGGCGCUGCGCCCGGACGAGCUCUUCCCGCACGGCCCGGCGCGCGGGGACCGGCUCCUGCCGGACGGCGACGACGAGAGCUCGGGCGCGGUGGCGCUGGCGGGGCCCCUGCGCUUCUACGGGGCCCGGGUCCGCCGCCUCUACGUGGGCACCAACGGCAUCAUCUCCACCCAGGACUUCCCCAGGGAGACCCAGUACGUGGACGACGGUUUCCCCACGGACUUCCCGGCCAUCGCCCCCUUCCUGGCCGACGUGGACACGAGCCGGGGCCGGGGCCGCGUGCUGUUCCGCGAGGACACGUCCCCGGAGGUGCUGGGCCGGGCCGCGCGCUUUGUGCGCACAGGCUUCCCGCGCGCCGCGCACUUCUCGCCCACCCACGCCUUCCUGGCCACGUGGGCGCAGGUGGGCGCCUACGAGGAGGCCGCGCGCGGGGCGCCGCCCUCCGGAGAGCUGAACACUUUCCAGGCAGUUCUGGCCUCUGAUGAGUCCGACACCUACGCCCUCUUUCUUUAUCCUGCCAAUGGCCUUCAGUUCUUUGGAACGCGCCCCAAAGAGUCUUACAACGUCCAGCUCGAGCUGCCCGCCCGGGUGGGCUUCUGCCGAGGGGAGGCGGAUGGCCUGAAGGGAGAGGCGCCGUAUUUCAGCCUGACGAGCACCGAACAGUCUGUGAAAAAUCUCUACCAACACAGCAACCUGGGGGUCCCUGGCGUGUGGGCUUUCCACAUCGGCAGCUCCUCCCCGAUGGACAACGUCAGGCCAGCGACAGCUGGACGGGACCUUUCCAGAGCCCAGUCUCCAGCUCCCCCAGGACGCCCCUUCAGCCAAGCUGCAGCCCUGGAAGGCGACUACACGGAGGACAACGUGGAUUAUUAUGAGGAGAAUGAGGAGGAAGUUGAAUACCCGCCGAGCGAACCAGACGAGGCGUUGAAAGGCCACAGCCGUGUCGACGUUCCCUUCCGGGCCAACUCUGAGUCACGGCCUUCAGGAGGUGGGGUCUCUCCCCCAGACUCUGAUUUGGCCUCCACUGUGCCACAUCCCACACCUAGCGAUUGGCCAUUCUACCCUGAAGCAGAAUCUGCCCCCCUAGACCCCCGGACCAGAGAGGGGAGACCUCUGGGGAAGACGGAUGCCUCAGAUGUAAGAGGCCCGCUUGACUCUUCUGAACAGCUAGAGACCGGAGGCCCGGCCCCAUCAGAGACAGAAGGAGACCCACUGGAGCCUUCCCGGGAAGCCCCCUCUCCCUACCCUGAAACCAGAAGCAGCUGGCCCUACCUAGCUGGAGGUGCCCCGCUGUCAGAAAGGGACGUGCCCCCACAUUACCCCGCCCCGGAUCACCCUCCAGCACUGGGUCUCGGGAGGCAAGUGGUGAGGGUGGAAGACGACAUCACUUCCAACACUGAGGUCUUCACGUACAACACCGCCAGCAAGGAGACCUGCGAACACUACCACGGGCAGUGCUCCCGGCAUGCCUUCUGCACCGACUACGCCACCGGCUUCUGCUGCCACUGCCAGUCUCAGUUCUAUGGAAACGGGCAGCACUGCCUGCCGGAAGGGGCCCCUCAUCGCGUCAAUGGCAAAGUGAGCGGCCACCUCCACGUGGGCCACACGCCCGUGCACUUCACGGACGUGGACCUGCAUGCUUACAUCGUGAGCAAUGACGGCAGAGCCUACACGGCUAUCAGCCACAUCCCGCAGCCUGCGGCCCGGGCCCUUCUCCCUCUCAUGCCCAUUGGAGGCCUGUUUGGCUGGCUCUUUGCUUUAGAAAAACCGGGCUGGACGAACGGCUUCCGCCUCACGGGCGCUGCCUUCACCCACGACAUGGAGGUUACUUUCCACCCGGGAGGGGAGACGCUUCGGGUCACUCAGACUGCAGAGGGGCUGGACCCGGAGAACUACUUGAGCAUUAAGACCGACAUUCGAGGCCAGGUGCCUGCCAUCCCAGCGAACGUCACCGCCCACGUCGCGCCCUACAAGGAGCUUUACCACCACUCAGACUCAGCCGUGACCUCCACGAGCUCCAGAGACUACACCCUCACAUCCGGUGCCGCCAACCAGACCCGGACCUACCGCGUCCACCAGAACAUCACCUUCCAGACCUGCAGGCACGCCCCCCGGCCCCGGGCCGUGCCUGCCACCCAGCAGCUGAGCGUGGACCGGGUCUUCGCCUUGUACACCGACGAAGAGAGGGUGCUGAGGUUCGCCGUGACCAGUCACGUGGGCCCUGUUGAAGGGGACUCAGACCCUGCCCCCGUGAAUCCUUGCUACGACGGGAGCCACGCGUGUGACACGACAGCCCGGUGCCAUCCGGGGAUGGGUGUGGACUACACCUGCGUGUGUGCACCAGGGUACCAGGGGGAUGGACGGAGCUGUGCAGACGUGGACGAGUGUGCAGCCCGCUUCCACCGCUGCGGCCCCAGCGCUGUGUGUGUCAACCUGCCGGGGAGCUACCGUUGCGAGUGCCGGCCUGGGUACGAGUCUGUGGGCGACGGGCGCACGUGCCGCGUGGCCGCCCCGCCUCCCAACCCCUGCGAGGACGGCAGUCACUCCUGCGCCCCCGCCGGCCGGGCCCGGUGCAUCCACCACGGGGGCAGCGUGUUCAGCUGCGUCUGCCUGCCCGGGUAUGCGGGCGACGGGCACCAGUGCAGCGACGUGGACGAAUGCUCGGAAAGCAGAUGCCACCCCCAGGCGGCCUGCCACAACACCGCAGGCUCCUUCUCCUGCCGCUGCCGAGCUGGCUAUCUCGGGGACGGAUUCCAGUGCACACCCGACCCCAUCUCAGGACUGAAGCCCUGUGAACUUCAGCAGCGCGACGCCCAGGCACAGCUCGCCCACCCGGGCCAGCUCCACGUCCCCCAGUGUGACGAGCGCGGCCACUUCCUGCCCCUGCAGUGUCACGGCAGCACUGGCUUCUGCUGGUGCGUGGACCCUGAGGGCCACGAGGUCCCCGGCACCCGGACCCCGCCCGGCUCCACCCCGCCUCACUGCGGACCACUAGAGCCCACCCAGCGGCCCCGGACGGUCUGUGAGCGCUGGAGGGAAACCCUGCUGGAGCUGUAUGGUGGCACGCCCAGGGACGACCAGUAUGUACCCCAGUGCGACGACCUGGGCCACUUCAGGCCCCUGCAGUGCCACGGGAAGAGUGACUUCUGCUGGUGUGUGGACAGAGACGGCAGAGAGGUGCAGGGCACCCGCUCCGGGCCGGGCACCACCCCUGCGUGUAUACCCACGGUCGCUCCACCCACGGUCCAGCCCACGCCCCGGCCUGACGUGACCCCUCCGUCCGUGGGCACCUUCCUGCUCUACGCCCAGGGCCAACAGAUUGGCCACUUGCCCCUCAAUGGCACCAGGCUUCAGAAGGACGCGGCCAGGACCCUGCUGUCACUGCACGGCUCCAUCGUCGUGGGGCUUGACUACGACUGCCGGGAGAGGAUGGUGUACUGGACAGAUGUUGCCGGACGGACGAUCAGCCGGGCCAGUCUAGAACCGGGGUCCGAGCCCGAGACGAUCAUUAACUCAGGUCUGAUAAGCCCCGAGGGACUUGCCAUCGACCACUUCCGGAGAACGAUGUACUGGACGGACAGUGGCCUGGACAAGAUAGAGAGGGCCAAGCUGGACGGCUCCGAGCGCAAGGCCCUCUUCCACACAGACCUGGUGAACCCCCGUGCCAUCGCAGUGGAUCCGAUCCGAGGCAACUUGUACUGGACAGACUGGAAUCGAGAAGCUCCUAAAAUUGAAAUGUCAUCUUUAGAGGGGGAAAACAGAAGAAUUCUGGUGAAUAAAGACAUUGGACUACCCAAUGGUUUAACCUUUGACCCCUCCUCCAAACUGCUCUGCUGGGCAGAUGCAGGAACCAAAAAGCUGGAGUGUACACUCCCUGAUGGGACUGGACGGCGUGUCGUCCAGAGCAGCCUCAACUACCCCUUCAGUGUGGUCAGCUACGCGGGUCACUUCUACCACACAGACUGGAGGAGGGACGGUGUGAUAUCAGUCGACAGGGACAGUGGCCAGUUCACGGACGAGUACCUCCCAGAGCAGCGGUCUCAUCUCUACGGGAUAACUGCAGUCCACCCCUACUGCCCUGCAGGAAGAAAGUAAAUACAGCCUCAUAAAGGACUUGACAAUCAGAAUCUGGACCCUAAGGAACAUUCACUGCAAAAAAAUGGAAAAGGAAUUGGCCAUUAGAAGUUCCUGGACACGUAAGAUGGACAUUUUCAGUGCAAAAAGACUAAGUGUAUUUUGUGAAGAGUUUAUACCUCAAUCUAUACUACUGUAUUUUUAAAAACAAAGUUAUUGCAACUUUAAAAAAAGUAAUAGAAUUUUGUUGCUUAUUAAAGCAACUUUUUAUAAACAUAUCAUAUUUAAAAGGUCAAAUUCAUUCAAUUAAGAACCAAUUAAGAGAAUGUUAAGACAAUACAUCUGAUGUUUGCUAUGGAUUUCCUCUGGUCAAGAAAUUAAAGCACAUGUGAUCACUAUAAAAAUACAACCCUAAAGAGCAUAAACCUUGACAUAGAGAAGGCUACGCAGAACUGAUGGGAAAGAACAAGUCUAUUUACAGUUCCCGACAAAAGUUCUCUUUUUACCUCUGCAUCAGUGCAUUUCUAUUUAUAUUAAAAGGUGCUAGAAUGUUUCAGUUUGUAUUUUCUGAUCCUGUUUAAGUCCCUUCAUAGAAUUACCCACAGAAAUUACUACAUUUAUAAAUACCAAAGAUGUAACAGUUCUCAUUUUCUAGAUUACUCCAAUAAAAUAUUCUAAGUUUUCCUACAACCUGAGGAUCAGUAUUGUCUCUAUAACAAAGUUGGGGUUGGCAAGAACCUUAACCACAAAGGAGGAAGCAAAUUAAUUAUACAGAUACAUGAACAUAACAGAGUCAAAAAGAAAAUCUAGUUUCCCAAACUUUAUUAAAGAAAAAGCAAUGAUGGUAAAUCUCUAGAACACAGUCAAUUUUCUGGGAUUCUUCCCUUGAAAACGACAUUUGAUUUCCAAACA